AUGAAAUAUGAGCGCGAUACCCAGAUUGAGAGGAAGCCGCGGGUCGGGAUGAUUGUGUCGGUGUGGAACUGGCUGGCGGGUAAAGAAGAGCAGUGCGAGUCCCAUGUGAAGAGGGAAGUUCACGAUGAGGCUGGGCGGAAGUACGUGAGCAAGGGCACCACGAUCUCUGCAGUGAAGGUGAAGAAAGCCGAGCAUUGCGCUGUGGUUGCUGAGGGUCAUACAGGCGGUGAGGAUGGGGAGCGCGUGUGGGCCAAUGUUGCUGUUCCUGUUGCGUGUGCGUGCAUGACUUCAACCACCCCUGAAGCCAUUGCGGGUCGUACCGACGGUGAGGGCGCUGAGCGCAUGUGCCCUCUGUCUUCGGGUCCUGGGGAUCCUGCUGAACUGGCCCAGCCUAUUACCGGUCGUCGAUGGUAUGCGGUCACGUGGGGCCUCGACGUCGGCAUCUUCGAGGGAUGGACUUAUGUUCAGCCCCUGGUUAUCAGUGUGUCAGGCUCCGCGUAUGAGUGCGACAAGUCGUACGACGAUGCGCUCCACAAGUACCAUAUCGGCGUGACUGAGGGUACCAUCUUGAAGUUGACGGCUGGGCCUCCCAUCGGGUGGGCUUAG